UUUUUUUUUUUUGUAUUCUCUAAGCAAGUUCUCACAUUUUCUCCCGAGUAACUUAUCUAUAAACGAUGGCAGUAUCCAACAGGAGUAUCAUCUUUCCUGUAGCUCUCUUGCUCUCAGCCCUGUUGUUGUUGGGCACCUAUCACCGAAAUAAUCUCCAGAAUGGCGUCGUCCAAACUGGUCAAAACGUACAAGCUGGUCAAAACGAUCAAAAUGAGAGACGUGCAGGCAAACCUCGUUACAUCUUCGUUGAUUUGGGCGCCAACCGUGCGGAUUCGCUCGAUGUCUUUUUGAAGAGACCAAAUACAAAGUUCAACUAUAACUUCCCUCGUCCAGAAUGGGCUAACUAUGAAGAUGCUGAAAUCUAUCUGUUUGAGGCCAAUCCCGUUUUCAACGAGCCUCUUGUAAAGGCGAAGCAACAUUAUGAUGACCUUGGUAUCAAGGUCAAUAUCUUUCCUUCGACUGUUGUUGAUGUUAGGGAUGGCAUCCGUACUUUCUACCUCGAUACUGUCAACGCUGCUCACGAUUACUGGGGUUCAUCUAUCUACGCUUCCCAUCCUGAUGCUGUUCGCUCACAGAGCAAAGGUACAGAUUUGACUGGGAUCAAUAUUUCUGGCUGGUUGCUCCGUAACACUCUUCCACGUGACUUUGUGGUCGUCAAGAUGGAUAUUGAAGGUGCUGAAUAUGAAGUGAUCCCACAUAUGGCUGACAUGGGCGUGUGGACUGUUGUUGAUCACUUGCUGGUCGAGUGGCAUGGUCCCAAUGUUGGAGGCGGUACUACUGAGGAGAUUCAGCUCAGAGGUGCUAGAGCUGACGCUGCAAAGAAUAAGUUGAUCGCCGAGGGUAUCAAUAUGCCUCAUUACGAUUCUGCUGCAUAAAAAAACCUAGACCAGGAAGCAAACUCAUGUAGUCUCCUCAGCAUACAAUGUUAUCCUGUAUAUUAAAAUAAUC